AUGGUGCAGGAAGAAGUGACGAAGGCCCGGCGUGUCAAGCGUGUCGCCAAAAGAAGGCAAAAUGCUCGCGUGCACGGCCAUGCUCUCACUGCACCCGAUACAAAGGCCAAGCCAGGCAUGCGUACAGGAGCGAUUGAGAAUCUGAACCAAAGAUUAGUUUCACUAGAGAAAAUGUUCCUCGGACAAGGAGUGCUGUGGCAGCAAGUGUGGAAAUGCCUUGAUUCCGUCAGCAGCCAGAAACACCAUGACUUCACGGAUGACGGUGCAUCCCUACCGGAGUACACGGCCCAACUAAAGGCCUCGCUCUCAGCGCUUCAUUCUGACAACAAAGAACACACAUUGAGAGCGGACGAGCCAGCGUCGCUCCCCAAGAGGCGUAAACUAAAUGGCGAAUCAGAUUUUCAGCGCUCUGAUCCCUUUUGGAUGAAAGAUGGCGAGCUGUGUCUUCCUCAGGACCUCGUUGAUUCUCUAGUCGAAAUCUAUUUUCUCCGCAUUCAACCAUGGAUACCCAUUCUUCACGUGCGUUUGUUCCCGGAAGCAAUGAAAGUUCCCUUGGAGCGCCGCAAGAUGAAGACAAUAUUCCAUGCGAUUGCAUCCUUGUGUGUGAGAUUUUCCGAUGAUCCAAGAUUGGCAAGCCCCGACAUCCGGUCUCGAUUGGGGAAGCAAUGCCGGCAGGCGGUCAUCCUUGAGAGUAUGGAGUCCUUCUCUGUCGAGAAUCUUCAAGCUCUCAUUAUCUGCGCCUUCGAUAUGAUUGGCAGCGGUCGUGGCCCUUCAGCAUGGUCCAUCGUAGGCAGCAUUGCUAGAACUGUGGAACACCUUCAACUCAACGUGGAGGAAGAAGACAGAUAUCAUUAUGGACCAGACAAGAAAGCCUUGAUAACGAGGAUUGCAUUUUUACCACCAUGCGUAAAUUGGGCGGCCGCUGAAGGUAGGCGGCGCGUGUUUUGGAACGUCUUCCUAAUGGACAGAUUCUGCAGCAUCGCUACGGGCUGGAACAUGUCAUUGAAAAGCACCGAGGUCAAGAGAAGACUUCCAUGCGAAGGAGCACUGUGGGAAGCAGGCGAGCCUCUCUCGAUCCCGACACCGUAUUUUGGUACGGUCGAGGGGCCAACUGGUGAGAACAGUGACCCGCUCGGCGUUAUAGCAGCCGAUGAAGAAACGAGUUCUUUGGGCGCAUUCUCAUAUUGUAUUGAGGCAACAGAAAGUCUCGGUCUUGUUACAACUUUUUUCCAGGAGAAGUCUAUGGAUAUUCACAAUCCUCAAGCCCUUCGCUUAUGGUUGAUACGCUUCAAGCAACUUGACCUUCGUCUUAUGCAAUGGAAGAUAUUCCUCCCGGUCAGAUGGCGGGAGGCGUGCGCGGUAAAUGCCGACGGCAAUAUGGAUCCCAAUCUGACGCUUGCCCAUAUCACGCAUAACACUGCUGUAGUUCUACUACAUCAAAGUAUCGCAUAUCCUACUCUCGAAUGGCAGUCGUCGCCCAUCAGAUUACCGUCUUCUUCGAGCGCGGAAACAUGCUUAGCUGCAGCACGAGAGGUGGGAAUCAUUGCUCAGAAGUUCCUACGUUCCGCGGGCUUUGUCACCAAUCCGCAGUUUGCCUUCUGCUUGUUUAUUUGCGGGAGAAUGCUCUUGGCCCAUUCCGCAACGUAUAACAUGAACCUCAUUCAAGAGUUCGAGUCGCUUCUUGGCAGUCUCUGGGAGAUUGCACGCAGGUGGAAUGGCCCCCAUGUAUCCGAUACUGCCCCGUCACCGGAUGAUAAUUUGGCGUCCAAGCUUGCACAUCGCCUCUUUAAAGCAAGGCAGCUUGGGCCGCAUGACUUGGACCUCACGCAAUCAGCGUUUGUGGACAACGAAACUCAGACAUCUAGAGUUCGAUUUACAGGUUCACUUACUGGCCAAUCGCCUGACCAAACACUUGGUGUUGGUAUAGCAUCACCUACCAAAAAUUGCCAUUAUCCCAUGGCGCCUGCGGUCUCGACAGAAGGCCAGGGAACUCCUCCGGAUAUGAUUUCUCUAGCAUUUCCUCCACUACCGAUGGCAUUUCAAGUCCCGAGUGCGUCACAGACGGCAAUGCAUUCGCCGAAUAUCAAUUCCUUGGAACAUUACCCCAACCAAUCAGCAGAGGCUUAUGCACAGCAAUAUCCUGUAGGGUUUGAGGAUCUGCACUCACUUCUCGAGGACCCAUUCCUACCGAAUCAAAGAGUCAGCGUAUUCUCUCAUCCCAUCAUGGCAGAUGAAAUGGAGUCCAUGGGACAGUGA